AUGGCACCCAGAACAGAGGACCGCCUCGGCGACAUCACCGCGCACGCGUGGUGCAUGGCCAUUCUCUCAGAUCCAUCCAUAACACACAUUCGCACCCGCAAAGCUAUGCUACAACAUCCUACCCGCACGAUUCCUCUUCUCACGCGUAUGCUGUUCGACGAUGACGCUCUAUCCGCGUAUAUCGACUUGUUCAAGCCGGGUGGUGGCCAGAGACGGGCUGCCAACGCAGAGACGAGAAUACCGCAAAUGCUCACUCAGGACUACAUUCCCCCGAAACCAAGUGCGGAGAUGAUGAAAAGGCUGAUAGAGAAAGAGGAGGUGGUGUAUGACUUGGACGACCCGGAAGUACCCGAGCUUAUCAUCCUAUGUUCACUGGGAAAUGGCUUGGACGGUGCUAAGAAUAGGCUUCACGGCGGUUUCAUAGCGACGCUGUUGGAUAUGGCAAUGGGCCUGCUGGUUUUCGAGUUCUGUGAUGGCCCAUCGGCGACUGUCGAGAUGAAGAUCUCGUUCAAGAAGGCGGUUAAGACACCGGGUGUGUACAUGGCCAGGGGAAAGCCUGUUCGGCAGAAGGGGAGGUGGAUCGAGACCAAAGGAUGGAUAGAAGACGGAGAAGGGACGGUAUAUGCGGAAGCGUGGGCAGCGUGGGUGGUGCCGAAGGAGCUGGCAGCGGCGAAGCUGUAA